CAGGAAGAAGCGCGAGAAAUUAGAGUGGGAGGAGCGAUAUAAAGAUGAGCGUCUUGCGAACGAUCGGAAUAGAAGAAUAGAUCCGACAUCAUGUGGAAAUAUCGAACGAUCGGACUUUUUGCCUCACUGGCUUUUCUCUGUAUUCAAGCACAAGCUGCAGAGAUCAUAGUGAAACGUCAUUCUUUUGGAUUUGACGAUACCCUAACUUCCCAUGGCAAACAAUUUCUCUCUAAUUUGCCUGGAUUAGGCGGUGGAUUAGGCGGUGGAUUAGGCGGAGGAUUCGGUGGAGGAUUCGGUGGAGGAUUUGGUAGUGGCGGUGGUGGUGGUGGUGGAGGAGGAGGCGGAGGUGGAUUUGGUAGCGGUGGUGGAUUUGGCAGCGGUGGCGGUUUUGGUAGCGGUGGUACCAAAGGAGGAUGUUCCACUGGAACUUGCGCCGGAACUGGUGGCGGUGCCGGUGGCGGUGCUGGUGGUGGUGCUGGUGGCAUAGGAGGAUAUGGCAAACCUGGAUGUAGUAGCGGAAAUUGUGGCGCCGGAGGUGGUGCUGGAGGACACGGUGCCGGCGGAGGUGGUGCUGGUGGAUACGGUGGCGCUGGUGGAUACGGUGGCGCCGGAGGUGGUGCUGGAGGACGCGGUUCCGGUGGAGGUGGUGCUGGAGGAUACGGUGGCGCCGGAGGUGGUGCUGGAGGACAUGGUGCCGGUGGAGGUGGUGCUGGUGGUGGCGCCGGAGCUGGAGGUGGAGCUGGAGGAUACGGUGGUGCCGGAAGUGGUGCUGGAGGAUACGGUGGCGCCGGAGGUGGUGCUGGAGGACAUGGUGCCGGUGGAGGUGGUGCUGGUGGUGGCGCCGGAGCUGGAGGUGGAGCUGGAGGAUACGGUGGUGCCGGAAGUGGUGCUGGAGGAUACGGUGGCGCCGGAGGUGGUGCUGGAGGACACGGUGCCGGUGGAGGUGGUGGCGCCGGAGCUGGAGGUGGGCCCGGAGGAUACGGUGGCGCUGGAGGACGUGGCGCCGGAGCUGGAGGGUACGGUGGUGCUGGAGGUGGCGCUGGAAGUGGAGGUGGUGCCGGAGGAUAUGGCGGCGCUGGAGGAGGAGGCGGUGCUGGAGGAUAUGGUGGUGCCGGAGCUGGAGGUGGUGCCGGUGCACAUGGAGCAGGUUCGGCUGGUAUAAUAAAGACUGGCGGCCCAGGUGGUUAUGGUGGUGCAGGUGGUGGAGCAGGCAGCGGUGGUUAUGGUGGUGCAGGAGCUGGAAGCGGUGGUUAUGGUGGUGCAGGAGCUGGAAGCGGUGGUUACGGUGGAACUGGAGGUGGAAGCGGCGGUGGAAGAGGUGGUGCCGGUGGUUAUGGAGGUGCAGGUGGCAGAGGUGGUAGCGGCGGUUACGGUGGAAGUGGUGGUGGUAGCUGUCCUGGAGGAUGCAAAAAUGGUUACGGAGGUGCCAAUGCGAACGCCAAUGCUUACGCAAGCGCGAAUGCAAAUGCGAACGCAAAUGCGAACGCAAGGGCGACUGCUUCCGCUAAUGCCUUUGCUGCUUCAAGUGCGUCCGCAAGUGCUAAUGCAAACGCAAAUGCUGGUGGCGGUGGUGGAUUUGGAGGAUUCGAUGACUUCGGUCCUGGAGGCGGCCAUGGAGUCGAUCUCUUCAACCGCAUGGGCAAUAUCGACGAGGGAGUUAGUAAGAGCGGUAGCGUGGACAAAGCCAAAGGCGUUUAUAGCAGCAGUGCAGCCAAUAUCGAUUCUACUGGAAAGGGAUCGUACAAAGUAUCUGCUGGAAAAAUUGCUUAAGCGGUCUGAAAAAAAAUUCAAGUCGAUAUUCUGAAUCGAAAGCAAAAUUUAAUCUAUUUUAAAGAAAUUUAGGUAGUUAGGAAGAAAGAAUUUAUAUGAAUUUCUAAAAGAGUUGGCAGAGAUCUAAUGGAUUAUUUUUUGUUAUUGUUUACAAUUUACAAUGCAUGUUAUUAUAUUCAUGAUAAAAUGCGUCACUUGGCGUCAGAAAUCUCUUUUUUUUUCAAGAUUGCAACUUAACACUGUGCAGUUCGAAUAAACAUUUAAUCUGUAAACAAUAAACCAAGAGGAAUAUUUUUAUAA